AGUUUCCAGAGAGGGCUCCACAUGCCCUCAGGCUGCUCUGGGUUUUGCUAGCGCUCGCUGAGAAUGUCGGAAGUCGCUGAACUAUAAGGAUCGCUUCUUCUGCACGCAAAGCUGCCAAGAAAAGAAAGUUUCACACCUGUGAAGUAACCAUUAGGAUAGGAGGCUCAGGAUGAAAAGAUGGCAACCUUGCUGUUUCCACCGGGUUCCGACAGCUUGCACCGGUUCACUCGUGAAUCCCUGGCUGGCAUUGAGCAGAGGAUCGCCGAAGAAGAGGCGCAGAAGGCCAGGGAGUACCAGGAGGACUUGGGUGACGUGGAGACUCCCAAGCGCCGGGCAGACCUGGAGGCCGGGAAGCAGCUCCCCCGCAUAUUUGGAGACAUUCCAUCAGAACUGGUGGGGGUGCCGCUGGAGGACAUCGACUCAUAUUAUUUCCAGAACAAACGAACUUUUAUAGUACUAAACAAAGGGAAGGCCAUCUUCCGAUUUAGUGCCACAUCUGCACUCUAUAUUUUUAGCCCUUUUCAUCCUGUUAGAAGAGCAUCGAUAAGGAUUUUAGUACAUUCAUUAUUCAGUCUGUUCAUUAUGUGCACUAUUUUGACAAACUGUUGCUUCAUGGCCAUGUCGGAACCAGUGCAGUGGGCCAAGUAUGUCGAGUACACCUUCACGGGAAUCUACACGUUUGAAUCGUUGAUAAAAAUUUUGGCGCGAGGGUUCUGCAUCGGACCAUUCACCUUCCUGCGGGAUCCGUGGAACUGGCUGGAUUUCAGCGUGAUUGUCAUGGCAUAUGUUACUGAGUUUGUGGACCUGGGCAAUGUCUCAGCGUUACGGACGUUCAGGGUCCUACGAGCACUGAAAACUAUCUCGGUCAUACCAGGCUUGAAGACCAUUGUGGGUGCCCUGAUUCAGUCAGUAAAGAAGCUAGCAGAUGUCAUGAUCCUGACUGUGUUCUGUCUGAGUGUGUUUGCUCUCAUCGGCCUUCAGCUCUUCAUGGGUAACUUACGUCAGAAAUGUGUCCGCAGUACGGCCAACUGCUUCAACACCACUGACAUCUCUUUAAACAACAAUGUCUCCUUCUUCUGCCAUAACAAGACCUGGUCAUCACUAGACGAGUUCACCACAGAUGAAGGCAACUAUUUCAAAGAGGAUGGAUCCAGGGAUGCUCUAAUUUGUGGAUUUGCAAGUGAUGCUGGCAAAUGUCCAGAUGGUUUUGACUGUCUGAAGAUAGGACGUAAUCCGAACUAUGGCUACACCAGCUUUGACACCUUCGGCUGGGCAUUCCUUUCCCUCUUCAGGCUCAUGACACAGGAUUACUGGGAAAACCUAUACCAUCAGACGCUACGGUCUGCAGGAAAGACCUACAUGGUGUUCUUUGUGGUGGUGAUCUUCCUGGGCUCCUUUUACCUGGUGAAUCUGAUCCUGGCAGUUGUAGCUAUGGCCUAUGAAGAGCAGAACCAAGCUACUCUUGCUGAGGCAAUGCAGAAAGAGAAAGAAUUUCAGCUCGCCAUGGAACAGCUAAAGAAAGAACAGCAUGCAGCUCACAAAUCUCAGGAGACUGAGUCAGUGUUGGCUCCUGACCUGUCUCCCUUGGCUCCUCAAGAAGACAAAGAGCAGAAGAACCGGAAGAAAAGCCUGAGGCCACUUUCAGAAGAGAUGGAGAACGAUGGUGAUGAAAAGUCACCAAAGCAAGAUAUUUUAGAGGGAACAAAGCAGCCACAUGCUUUGGUGGUGCGGACCUUGUCCACAUGGACCAAACGGGAAAGCCAGGCUAGUAUCUUUAACUUCCGACUGCGGAACAAAGAAUCUGAAGCAGACGCUGAUGACGAAUUUAGCAAUCAAGGCGAUGUCGAGAGUCGCCCUGGUUCUAUCGUCUUGCCCUGGCAAAGGAGACGGAUAAGCGGACAAAGUACGAGCAGUCAUGGCUCUCAGGUCUUCUACCCCAGCCUCAAUAUCAACGGAAAGCUGUUUGUUGCUAUCGAUCAGAAUGGCAUCUCGAGUCCAGGACCUCUGACCCCUCUACCGUUACCCGCAUGCACCAUGGAGAAGGUCAAAGAACGUAGUGGAUCAAACGAGCUGAACAGUACGCUCCUCCCACAGCUCUCCCUGGAGGGCCGAGACAGGGCGCUAAGUGCUGCUAGCUACCUCACUGACGCCAUGGAGGAGUUGGAGGAGGCCCAUCAGAAAUGUCAUCCUUGCUGGUACACUUUUGCCCACAAGUAUCUGGUGUGGACUUGCUGCCCCAGCUGGCUUAAACUAAAAGAGUGGGUCAAGAUCAUGGUGAUGGAUCCUUUUCUAGACCUGGCGAUCACCAUUUGCAUCGUGCUCAACACCCUCUUCAUGGCCUUGGAGCAUUACCCCAUGACAGACGACUUCAACAAGAUGCUUUCUGUAGGCAACCUGGUCUUCACAGGAAUCUUUACAGCUGAGAUGGUCUUGAAGAUUAUUGCACUGGACCCAUACUACUACUUCCAACAGGGCUGGAACAUUUUUGACAGCUUUAUCGUUUGUCUCAGCUUGAUGGAGCUCGGGCUUUCUAAUGUAGAAGGCCUGUCUGUUCUGCGUUCUUUCAGACUGCUGCGAGUCUUUAAGCUGGCUAAGUCGUGGCCCACCUUGAACACCCUGAUAAAGAUCAUAGGCAACUCCGUGGGAGCCUUAGGGAACCUCACUCUGGUUUUGGCCAUCAUCGUCUUCAUCUUCGCCGUGGUGGGGAUGCAGCUGUUUGGGAAGAACUACGAGCUGUGUGUUUGCAAGCUCUCCAAGGAUUGUAAAUUGCCUCGAUGGCACAUGAAAGACUUCUUCCACUCCUUUCUAAUCGUGUUCCGGGUUCUCUGCGGCGAAUGGAUCGAGACCAUGUGGGAUUGUAUGGAAGUUGCUGGACAGCCUCUUUGCAUCCUGGUCUUCAUGCUGGUCAUGGUGAUUGGGAAUCUAGUGGUCCUGAAUCUCUUCCUGGCUCUGCUGCUCAGCUCUUUCAGUGCAGACAACCUGUCAGCGCCGGAUGAUGAUGGCGAGCUGAACAACUUGCAAAUUGCAAUAGGUCGCAUCCAAAGAGGGAUCGUGUGGCUGCGCCGGGCCCUGUGCGAUUUCUUCAAUGGCAACUUCAAGCGGAGAAGGCAAAAGGCCAAAGAGGCGAAGGCCAUGCUGAAACUGAAGAGGCUCAGUCAGCAGGCCCAGAGGGCCGAGGGCAACGGCACGGCUGGGGUCAUUGGCCGCACUGGAGAUAAGUGUGCCUCUCCGGAUGACAGCUACAUGACGAACCCUAACCUGACCAUCAGUGUGCCUAUUGCUCCUGGCGAGUCGGAUGUAGAGUUUCCAGAGGAUGAGGAUGAUGACGAUGAAGCCAGUGAGAGCUCUGAUGAGGAAGAGGAGGAGGAGGAGGAGGAGGAGAUGGAAGCAGAAACCAAACCGAGUGACGACAUCAGCCUAUCCGAGGGCAGCACAAUUGACCUCCGAAAGCCUGGAGAGGCGGAAGAUGAAUACUCCGAGAUGGCAGAGGAGGACAUGGACCCUGAAAAUUGUCUCCCUGAUGUGUGCAUCCGUCAUUUCCAGUGCUGUGAAAUUGACACCAGUGCAGGUCUGGGCAAGGUGUGGUGGCGGCUCAGGAAGACCAGCUAUCAGAUAGUGGAGCACAGCUGGUUCGAAUCAUUCAUCAUCUUCAUGAUCCUGCUGAGCAGUGGCGCUCUGGCAUUUGAAGACAUUUACAUUGAACAGAGAAAAGUGGCCAAGACCGUGCUGGAGUUUGCGGACAAGAUUUUCACCUACAUCUUUAUCCUGGAAAUGACACUCAAAUGGCUCGCGUAUGGCUUUAAGAAGUACUUCACCAACUACUGGUGCUGGCUUGACUUUCUAAUCGUUGAUGUGUCUUUAGUAAGCCUCGUAGCCAACACACUAGGCUACUCUGACUUGGCUGCCAUCAAAUCACUUAGGACCCUCAGGGCUCUCAGGCCAUUAAGAGCUCUGUCCAGAUUUGAAGGCAUGAGGGUGGUGGUGAACGCUUUGAUUGGGGCCAUCCCCUCCAUCAUGAACGUCCUGCUGGUGUGUCUCAUCUUCUGGCUCAUCUUCAGCAUCAUGGGCGUGAACCUGUUUGCUGGAAAAUUUGGCCGCUGCAUCAGCCGCUCGGGCUUCAUUUACAACGCCUCACACAUCAACAACAAAUCCGAGUGCCUGUCUAUGAAUGAUACAGAGUACUAUUGGUCAAAAGUAAAAGUCAAUUUCGAUAAUGUGGGUGCUGGAUACCUUGCACUACUUCAAGUGGCUACUUUUAAAGGCUGGAUGGACAUCAUGUACGCAGCAGUGGAUUCACGAGCUGUGGAAGAGCAGCCAAUUAAGGAGGUCAACUUGUAUAUGUACCUGUAUUUUGUUAUUUUCAUUAUUUUCGGGUCAUUCUUUACCCUAAACCUGUUCAUCGGUGUGAUCAUUGACAACUUCAACCAACAGAAACGCAAGUUAGGGGGACAGGACAUCUUCAUGACUGAAGAGCAGAAAAAAUAUUAUAAUGCCAUGAAAAAACUUGGAUCAAAAAAACCCCAGAAACCUAUUCCUCGGCCCAUGAACUCCUUUCAGGGAUUCUUCUUCGAUUUGGUGUCAAAACAAGCCUUCGACAUCAUCAUCAUGCUGCUUAUCCUCCUAAACAUGUUGACCAUGAUGGUGGAGACAGAUGAGCAGUCCCCUUAUAUGGAGUCCAUCUUGUAUAAUAUCAACCUGGCCUUUAUUAUCAUCUUCACCACUGAGUGCAUCAUUAAGAUUAUCGCCCUUCGCUGCUAUUUCUUCACCAUCAGCUGGAACAUCUUUGACUUUGUCGUAGUCAUUCUCUCCAUUGUGGGCAUUGUACUCGCAGAUAUAAUUGAGAAAUACUUUGUUUCACCAACACUCUUCAGAGUGAUCCGACUGGCCCGAAUAGGACGUAUCCUUCGCCUUAUUCGAGGAGCCAAAGGAAUCAGAACGUUGCUAUUUGCCUUAAUGAUGUCCUUACCGGCGUUGUUUAAUAUAGGUCUCCUGCUUUUCUUAGUCAUGUUUAUUUAUGCCAUCUUUGGGAUGGCAAACUUUGCCUACGUGAAGAAACAAAGCGGAAUUGAUGACAUGUUCAAUUUCGAGACAUUUGGCAACAGCAUGAUCUGCCUUUUCCAGAUAACAACAUCAGCCGGCUGGGACAGCCUGCUCAGUCCCAUUUUGAAUAACUCCCCUGAAGAGUGUGACCCCACUGUGCCAAAUAUAGGCACCACGGUCCGGGGCAACUGUGGGAACCCUUCAGUAGGCAUCACCUUCUUUGUUACUUACAUUAUCAUUUCUUUUCUCAUUGUGGUGAACAUGUACAUUGCCAUCAUCCUGGAGAAUUUUAGUGUGGCCACAGAGGAGAGCACCGAGCCGCUGAGCGAGGAUGACUUUGAGAUGUUCUAUGAGGUCUGGGAGAAGUUUGAUCCCGAGGCCACGCAGUUCAUUGAGUACGCUAAGCUUUCGGAUUUCGCGGAUUCUCUAUCCGAGCCGCUGCGUAUUGCCAAGCCUAAUAAAAUUAAGCUGAUUUCUAUGGACUUGCCCAUGGUGAGUGGCGACAAGAUUCACUGCCUGGACAUCUUGUUCGCCUUCACCAAGCGCGUGCUGGGGGAAUCGGACGAAAUGGAUGCUCUCAAGCAACAGAUGGAGGAGAAGUUUAUGAUGGCAAAUCCGUCCAAAAUCUCCUACGAACCCAUCACUACGACUUUACGGCGUAAGCAAGAGGAGGUAUCAUCAAUUGUCAUACAGAGGGCAUACAGAAGGCAUUUACUCCGGAGACAGUUGAGGCAAGCCUCGUUCAUAUAUCGACAGAUCAAUGUAGAGGGAGCUGCCAGCAGUGAGGAUGACAGCCCACCAGAGAAGGAAGGACUUAUAGCCUUCAUGUUGAAGGAGAAUUAUGGACCUGAGACUGAGGCUCUGUCCUCGACCUCCUCACCGCCGUCUUAUGACAGUGUGACAAGAGCCACUAGUGAGCUUUUCCAAGCUCUAAUACCUGAGCCCAGGAACAGUGACCUGAGCAAAGCUGACCCUGAUAAAGACCGUGAAACAUUUCUAUAACAUUAAAUCUAAAAUGCUCUCACACGUUAAUCUUCUUGUUACUUUGUUUUUUUUUUUUUUGUUUACAGAAUGUAACAUAGCUCGAACAGCACUCAAAACUCUUGAUACAUGUGACUGUGCAUCAAGAUUUCAAGUUUUUUUUGUAGGACAAGUUGAUGUUUUUAAUUCUCCUGUGUUUCACAUUUUGUUUGGAUAUACAGGGGGAAGUGUAGACAGCUCACGUUAACUUUGCUUCAGUUUAUAUGCAUGAGUGAGAUUCUGCAGCAGUUAACUGCAGUUAUAUCACAGAUGUACUAAUCAUAUAGUAGACUGAAAGAAAUACAGUUUAUCAACAUUUACAAAGUAUGCCUGACCAUCUGAGUUUAUUAAAAAGGUCUUACUUAAAUUGGUGUGAUUUCCUUCUGACAGCAGAUUUCACACUCUGUAGAAAAUGCAAGAUGUUAGAGAUAUAGUUACCAACUGCUCAUGUUGCAAAAAAAAAAAAAAACACCACUUUGGAUGAAAUUAGGUAUGAAAAUUACUUUUGUCCAGUCCAGGUUGUGUCACUAGCGAUGAGAGAGGAAGCAAGAUGAUAGGUGGGAACAUUUGCCAGUACUUAUUUUCUUAGUUUUUUUUUUUUUUUUUGUUCUUUGUAUCUCUCCACAUUUUUGCAUAUAUUUAUAAGCCAGUCUCUCAUAAAUAGCCUGGUCUGGUUACGGGAUUCUAUAAUCAGGACUAGUAAAAGACAAUCAAACAUGACACAGCAACAAUCUCUUGUGUAUAACAUCCACCUUCAUCCACUGCUACCAAAAGACUGCACAUGCUUUCAUGCAUUCAAAGUAUCGAGCAUUCUGCACAUGUCAACAUUUUUGUGUAUUUGUUUUAAUUGUGAGUAUUUUGUUUUUUUGCAUGUUGGAAAACGCAUCAAUUAGAGAUGUAAUGGCCAUUUUUUUCUUUGUAAGGCUGAAAAGGAAUUCUUAUUUUGCACAUACUGAGUUCAGCAAUAAUUUGCUACCUUUCGAGAAAAUCUGAUUUUAAAUGUUUAUUUAAAUCCAAAAAAAAAAAGAAGAAGAAAAAAAAAAGUUGUGUCAUUUAUACUAUGUCAACUUGAUGUCUAAGGGGGAAUCUCUUGCUGGCUCCAUGGCAUAUUCUUUACCGCAGAACAUUUGUUUUGUAUCUCAGACUCAUGUUAAGAGAUUAAUCCACUUGUUUUUUCAAGUCAGGUUAGCACGUUUGUUGAAGGGCUGUUUUUGUAGCAAUAGACCCCAAGUGUGCCUGGUAGAACUUAAAUCCUGUUCAACUCCUCUUCACCGGUGCGAAAGACUCACCGACGAACGACGCGGUGAAGCGGUUUCAUGCCUGAGGAUUACGUCAAUAACCAUUUCCAUGUAAUGUAAUCCUGUCAUCUAUCUAAACUUAUUGUAGUCUUCAAUCCAUUUCAGUUCAUUUGAGCAGAUCACUUUCAUCAAUUCAAAUGUAUAAUACAAGCAACCCUCCUAAAUAACAAAAGAGCAUGGAAAACAAAAGUGGCAUAAAAUUCCCACUGUUAACCCAUUUAUACGUAGAUGCUAUAAAAGUGUAUUUAGAUGUUCGCUAUCAUAAACAAGAACAUUAUUAGAAUAAAACACUACAGCUCUGCAUGUAUAAGAGUUGUGAAUUUUUCGAAGAAAUAGGAAUAAGAAUAUGUUUUAAUGAAAUACAAAAGGGCUUUUACCUAAAAUGAAAUCACUCCUACAGAAUGAGUCAAAGACAUCUGGAACUUGUCUUACAAGGCUGAAGGAACAUUUUGCUUCACCAACAUUAGUGUGCAGCGUCUUUGCUGGGAAGAAAUGUAUAUUCUGUGAGCCUCGAGAAACAAACCUGUCAGAUUCACAGAAGCAACGGAUGAUCCUGUUUCGUAUGAGGCGAUGCGUAUGAGGAUUGCUUGCAUUGUAUACCUUUUAAAUAAUAAUAUAUUUACAAAUGGCAAAAAAACAAUAAAUAAAAGAAAACACUGUUUUCACUUCCUGGAAAGAGCUUCUUUAGAAUAACCCAUGUAUAGGGUGAGGUUAAAAUAGGUGCUGAUGUCCCGUCCUCAGAUCUCUACUCUACAAUGUGUUCCACCAGAGCUGAUAUGAUAAUCAUGUUUUCUCACUUCGAAACAGAAAAUUCAUCCAAAAUACAGUCGACUGGAAUUCAUGCGGGGAAAAAAAAUUAAUCCCUUUGGUUAUUGUAUUUGUUUUUGCAAAGGAAAGUAGCCAUAUAUUAUCCAGAAGGAAGCUGAGUGUAUAAGCUUAUAUAACGUGUGUGUGUGUUGUGUGUGUGUCAAACACCUGAGAUCCUAACAAGAUAGUAUGUGCAUAAGUUGCUGUGUAUAUACACCUAACUUCAGUAACGUGCUACUUCUUGCAAUAUUUAAUAACGCCAGGUGUGUUGCGUGUGAUGGAGGCAGACCGGAUCAGUCUGACGUUUAGGGGAGGGAAUCUUGGGCCUCCUUCUGUUGAGCACUUAGCAUCAUUCUCAAGUUGUUCCCGUUUGGUUUAUACAGAACCAAAGAGUCUAGUUUCAACAAGAAGACGAGAGAAAGACGACCUGAAGCGACUAUUCUUGGAGGCAUACCUCAUAUUUUUGUAAUUUUAGACAAAGUACAAUAGAAAGAGGAUAAAUUGACAAUAUAGCAGGACUCCAAACUGCUGAACUGCAAAAUACUUAAAGACCUAUAAGAACUUCCUUUAUCCCAAGAACUCAUAGUGACAAGGACAGCUUAAGCAAAAACAUACUUCAUUUUUCAACUUUGGAUAUAAAUUGUUGGACAUCUUAAAAAAUUUUCAGUUUUGAGCCUUCAUAUAUUAAUUGAUAAAACAUUUACAGUAUGCACGACAGGUUACAACAGAGUGUUCAGUGAAAUGCAACAGCUAAAGUGUGGAUUUAUAAAGUGGGAUGGCAUUUAUUACAUUUUUUUUUUUCUUGCAGAAACAUAUGGAUGUUCUGUCUGGAUG